AUAGCCAUGAAGAUGGGGAGGAGGCGGGCCGAUGAGGAGGGCAACGGAGAGUGCGAUGGGGAGUAUGAUGAAGAGUAUGAGGAGGGGGAUGAGGAGGAUGAGGAGGACGAGGGGGAAGAAGGGGAAGAGGAGGAGGAGGAAGAUGAGGAGAAGGAAGAGGAUGAGAAGGAUGGUGAGGAGGAUGAGGAGGGAGAGGAGGGUGAGGAGGGAGAGGAGGAUGAGGAGGGAGAGGAGGAUAAUGAGGAAGGGUAGGUACAAGAAGAGCUCGAACAUGAAGUG